GCUCCGCUGAGGGCUGAAGUUGCCCGCCUCUUGUAGCUAUGGAAACUCGUCGAUGGCAACAUCCACCAGUCUCUCUGCCCCCAUCCUCGUAGUCGUACCUCUCUAGAGGUGCUGAGUGCGUGCGACCGUACCGAUAAACGAGGCGCUGCAAGAUGGCGAUUGUGCGACUCACAGCGUGUUUCGUUCUGUGCACCAGCCUGGGCCACAUUCUAUCAUCACUCGCAGUAAUCCUCCGAACCACGGACAAGAUUGUGUGGGCAAAUGAGUUUGAGCCCAUCGAACUGACCUGUUUAAUAGAGUCCAUCUCGACAAACAACCCGAGGAUUGAAUGGAAAAAGAUUAAGAACGGAGUCCCCAGUUAUGUGUACUUUCAAAACAAGUUAGCAGGGGACUUGGAGCACAGAGCUCAGCUCAGAGAGCCGGCCAACAUUCUGAUCUUCAACACCACCCGGUCAGACACGGCAGAGUACCGCUGCGAGGUGGCCGCCAUCGACGAUCAAAGGGACUUUGAUGAGAUACUUAUUAGUCUUGCAGUAAGAGUGAAACCUGUAGUCCCACGCUGCAGCGUGCCAGAGGCAGUUACCGUGGGAACCUCCACCGAACUGCGAUGUUUGGAGAACGAGGGCUUUCCCGCUCCUCAGUACCGCUGGUUCCACAACAACGAGGAGCUUCCUCAAGAUCCGAAAAACAGCCUUAAGUUCGUCAACUCCUCCUACAGCAUCAACCCCGACACUGGAGGACUGAAAUUUCGAAGGGUGAGGAAGGAGGACGCAGGGGAGUACUACUGCCAGGCGAAGAAUGACGCGGGGCACGCGCAGUGUCCUCCACAAACCAUGGAAGUCUAUGAUGUCGACAUCCUCGGGAUCUUCCUCAAGUCCUUCGGUGCCGUGGCCGUGUUCUUCUGUUUGGCUGCUUCUGUUUGUCAUUCCCUUAAACGUGGGUGUUUCCACAGAAAAGGUCACAAUGAAAAUAACUACAAUUGGCCAGCACAAAACAACGGCGUUGACUAUCGUGACGCAGACGAGGGCCAUUUUCGACACAAGUCCUCGUUUGUCAUCUGACGGCCGAGACCGAAGACGGAGCUGAGACGGAAGGCAAAAAAACUGAGGUUAACCUGCAACAACAAUUCUCCAGAUGGUAACGUGUGAGGUGUAACAUGGCACAUUACUCUUCGAUGCACAUCAAUAUCAAAUCAACUUGCCAAAGUAAUUUUAAUGUCAUUUUGUGGCAUUGUCUCUGUUUUUUUGUAACAAGCAGCAUUUUUUAAUCUGUGCUGUUAGUAUUCAUUUUCAGUUUGUUUGUUCUACUUGUUUCCAGCUGUUUGAUGAUUUUUAAACAUCAAAUUAAACAAAUUCAAAGCUGUGACAUCAUACAUGAUAAAAACAUUCCUACGUGUUUUUUGAACAAAUCCUCUUUUAUAAUUGCAGUUUUUACUGAGUACACUGAAAUUACUUUACAGAACUUCUUCUUCAUUGUCUUUUCAUGAGAUAAACCUGUUCUUAGUUGGUUUCACAUAAGGAAGCGUAGGAACUUGCGUUUGUAUAUACUGUAGCUAUAAAGGCAUUAAGUAGCUGACUGUACGAGGCUGAUGAGCUCAGAUUCAAAAGGCACAAUUUAUCAGCCUUCAUUAUAUUUCCAGAUGUUAACAAGUACAAUACACAGUGCAGAUGUACUCCUGAAUUUGAAUACUAUAUAUCCCACUAUGCUGCAAAGUCAAUAUGUACUAUAAAGGUGGUGAAGUAUGAUUUUUAGAGUACUGUUUCUGUGUAUAAGUGACCUUCUGUGCUUUACUAAUUAUUUUGUGAGUAUUGGACAUAUUGCCCAGUUCAAACUCAAUGUUCAAUGUACAUAAAUGCAUACAUUUUUUAUCUUUUCAUGUUCAUACAGUACAGUACACUCCAAACCUUACUCUAACACAGCAAUAACUCUGUUUGCUGGGAGGUGACAGUAUUUGCUGUUCAGUGUGUACCUGCAGUGUUGAGCCUGUCAUCAUUUCAAACAUUUGUGUCAAUGAUUUGUGUGAAUCUCAGGAACUGUUGUAAAUGUUCAUUUGAUAUUAAUGCUCUAUGUUCAUGUUAUUUUGUUACUAUUAAAUACAUAUUAACUGUAA